CGUCGUCUUUAUUUCUGCUGCUUUGGGAGGAAAACAAAGCCAGUUCAUAUUGGAGGUCGGUAAAAUUUACAUCGGAGAUUUGGUAGCGCCGCGCGGAUUUUUAACAGCAAGCCAGGUCACCACAGGCAAACCUAGCGUGACAAGAUUGAAGGCCCAACAUCUCUCCUCAUGAUACAUCAGCACUAAGUCUACUUUGAGUACUUCUUAAGGAUGGCUAGUUGUGGAGAGGUAGACCACUCUGUUAGCUCUCUUCCAUCCAGUAAGAAAGGCAGCAACAGUGGCAGCGGAAGUGGGAACAGUGCAGAAUCAUCAUGCUCUGGCUCCAGCAACUCUUCCCCAGCCUUGUCUGUACCAGAGUGUGCCAUCUGUCUGCAGAGCUGCGUCCACCCGGUUCAGCUGCCAUGCCAUCACGUCUUCUGUUUCCUGUGUGUGAAGGGAGCAUCCUGGCAGAGCAAACGCUGUGCUCUGUGCAGACAGGAAGUGCCGGAUGACUUCCUGGAAAGGCCGACACUUCUAUCUCCAGAGGAGCUGAAAGCGUCAGCGGGAGGCCGGGGCGGUGCGGCGAGCGACCACGCUUGGUAUUACGAGGGCCGCAAUGGUUGGUGGCAAUAUGACGAGCGAACCAGCCGAGAGCUAGAGGACGCUUUCUCCAAGGGGAAGAAGACGGCUGAAAUGCUGAUUGCUGGUUUUUUGUAUGUAGCUGACUUGGAAAACAUGGUGCAGUACAGGCGCAAUGAGCACGGCCGUAGGCGCAAGAUGAAGAGAGACGUUCUAGAUAUUCCCAAGAAAGGAGUGGCAGGACUGCGUUUGGACACUGAGGCUGUUACUGGGGCUGUGGGGGCAACAAGUCGAGAAAACUCUGCUGAUGGGGCUGAUACCACAAUAGCAGGUGCACAGCAACCAGGCACAGGUAUCACUUCUACUGUUACAGCUCCCUCCGCCACUGCCAGGCCCCCCACUUCACUCGGGGGUCAGCCUGGCCCCAGCACUAGCCCCUCUCUAGAAGAUGCUCUCUCCCAGCUCCAAAUCAGUCCCAGGCCCACACCUUCCCAUGAGCGGUCUGGGCCCGGGGAGGGAGAAGAAGAAGAUGAGGAGGAAGAAGCCUCACCUUCCAGGUCCUCCGACCCUCUCACCUCGGUGGACGAGUCUGGCUCUGGAGACUGGAGUGAUGAUGAGGAAGAAGAGGAGGAUGAGGAAGAGGAAGGGGGAGAUGGAGAGCGUCUGGAGCCCUGGGAGGACAGGCCACGAAGACAAAGACUGAAUCCAGAGGACAGAGCCCCUCCUCGUGCAGAGUCCACCUCUCCCCCUUCCUCAUCCAGUAGCAGUGGAAGGUCCAGAAUGCCUGAUGGCCAGUGUACAGUGACUGAAGUGUGAAGUGAUCAUUAGUACCAUCGCCACCAAAUGACCAGGUUCCAUUCCAUUAAUUUAUUCCUCACUUUAUGCUGUUGUUCAGUCCGUCACAGAUCGGUUGUGUGGGAUGUAUUGGUUGGUCCUGGAAAAAUGACAUUCAGUGACAAACAUAACCAUGUUUUCCUCCAUUUUGGUGCCUCCUGUUUUUGGUUCACAAUGAUCAGGAUGUAUCUGUUUUAUUUGUCAGUGUCAUCUUAGAUAUACCCACCAAGUUUGUUCAAAUGUCAUAGAACUGAGUGUUCUGGGUGCAGCUUGCUGAACAGUCGGAUGGAUACGCAGCGUUGUCGUGAGCCAUGAAGUCUCAUAAUGUGAGGGUGGUGUAACAGACUUUAGUUGUGGUGUGCGAGCUGUCGUCAGUCUGCUCACUUUUGGUGGCAGGCGUUUGGAGUCUGUUCUUUUUAAGUUCCAGAAAAGUGGAAGUUAAAAGGGAAAACGUAACUUGCCAACCUGCUCCUUACAAACUUACAAGCUAUUGGUGUGUUUACAUUGAUUAUCUAAUACCCAGAGGGCUGAUGGCUGGGUGUCCCAGUCAGAUUUGUGACGUUCAGUACAAGACGGUAUCGUGGGGAUGUUACUCCUGGAAAUGGAACUGAGUCAUUAUUAUGAACAGCUGCAUUCUAAUCCUCUACACUUUAACUCUCUCAGCUAACAUAGCACGUAGAAAUGGGCUUGUUGAAACCUCAGGUCAUAUGACUGCUCAUGCAGAUAAUUUAAUCCUUGACAACUUGUUCCCUACCCAAAAUGAUCUUCACAUUUCACAGAUUAAGGUGUAUUUUCCUUCAAUAUCCUCAAAGUUGAAGUUUUAUCCUUUGGAAAGUGUUGUCAUUUCAGAGCCGAUUUUAAUUUGAAGUAAAUUUUCAAGCUGGUUAUUCAGAAAAUAAGAAAGGAAACAGAAGUACUUCGCAAUGCUCUUAAGCUACGAGGCUAUUUAAAUUCCACUCUUAAUAUUUAACAACUAGCUACCUGCAUAUGUUUUAUGAAAUUGAGGCUCAUGUUUUAAAUAAGUGUGCAUCAUAAUAUCAUGUAUCAGCUUUAAAUAAUUGGCAUCUUAAUGAGAACUAUUAGUGUUUUCCUUUUUAAAGCUCCUCAUUAAAUAUUCUUAUUGUCCCUGAUGAAAGUAUUCUGAAUUGGUGUCUUCCUAAAGUUUUGUGAUUUGUGCAUGUUUGAGGAGAGAGUUAUUAAAACACUAUUUGCUGGCAGGAUUUUUAGAAUUGAUGUUUUUUUUGUUUUUUUUUUUUUUCAGUUUGAGUAAGUGUUUUUUUGUGCAUUUCUUACAGUUGUAAAUCCUCUUCUGUAUUAUGUCUGAGGGAGUAAAAGAACAAGAACAUGCCAUUGCUACUGGCCACCCUGCAGAAAUUUGAAGUCAUGUUGUUUUCACAUUUCUUACAUGCUAACGUCAGCAGCUGAGUUUUAGACUUUCCAUUCAGAUUAAUGAAGUUUGUAACCCUUUUUGCUUGGCAACUGUUUUUUUUGUUUUGUUUUUUUUUCAUAUGGUUUGUAAUUUAAGAAUAAACUGUGUCAUUUCAUCAACCCAAA